AAGAGAAAGCGAAGGCAGGCCGAGGACUCGCAAUCAGGAGAAGAGCGGAGGGAGACGGGAGCGAGAUGGGGAAGACGCCGGUCAGGAUGAAGGCGGUGAUAUACGCGCUGUCGCCGUUCCAGCAGAAGGUGAUGAGCGGCCUGUGGAAGGACAUCCCUCAUAAGAUCGAGAAGAAGGUCUCCGAGAAUUGGAUCAGCGCCACCCUCCUUCUUACCCCUCUCGUUGGCACCUACUCAUACGUGCAGUACUACAAAGAGAAGGAAAAAUUAGAACACAGGUACUGAGCUGGGAUUGUCAAUAGUGUUGCUGCUGUAAUGUUCCUCUUCUCAAAAUGAGAUCUUGCAAAGCUGUGAGGAUUUUGAUAUAAAUAGCUUGACCUGGGAACAUGUCCUGAUUCCAUGCUACUCUUUGCAAUAAAUUUUUAUCUACUCUCUUCGUGGGGUUGAUUUGUUGCUUCUAUGUCACGCUGCAAUGACCAAUUGAGUUCUUAUGGUUGCACUGGUAUACAUCUGUAUUUCUAUUUUCAAUUAGAAGACUACAUGAAAAGUUGGGCCAUGCCAGUUUUUAUUA